GAGCAGCUCAGUGAAAGCGACCUUGCCUGGGCGUCGCCGUGGCAACGUGAGCGGCCGUUUCCGGAGGCGGUGGCCGAGGAACGUCAUUUGGAACUCCAGCGCCAGCAAGAACCUUCGGUAGCGGGGUUUGGAAGCAACGGAACCAAAGGCAAGCGGUCCUCGGUUGCUGGGACGGACGUGGGUUCAAUCUGUCCGUUCUCACAAGAUUCCCCUAGGGCUGGGACCUAGAUGUGCAGCAAGUUCAAGUCUUCCAGCACUAUAGUUUUCGUCGCUGGCCUAAGUUAGAGGCCAACUGAGAAAUCGUCGUGCCUCAGAUUUGUUGACCUACAGAAUGCUUCGGUACCCUUAUUCUUAUAGAAUAUAUAAAGAAUUUAUUUCAUGCUGGUUUGAAUCUAGCAUAUUUAAUUUAUGUGUCUGGCCAAAAAAAAUACAUACUACAGCAGAAAGAUAUGAAUAUGAAGCCCAGGAGCAAACAGAUCAAACUGGAGCUCAGAAUUUAUACUUGUCUUCAGAUAGAGAUUCUGAAGCUGUGGCUAAAUUACAUAUUCCAGUGAUGGUGGAUGAAGUUGUUCAAUGUUUGGCACCACAAAAAGGGCAGAUUUUUCUAGAUAUGACAUUUGGUUCAGGAGGACAUGCAAGAGCCAUUCUACAGAAGGAGUCAGAUAUUACCCUUUAUGCCUUAGACAGAGAUCCGAUAGCUUAUGCAAUUGCUGAACAGCUUUCAGAAUUAUAUCCUAAACAGAUCAGAGCUCUGCUGGGACAGUUCAGCCAAGCAGAAGCCUUAUUAAUGAAAGCUGGUGUGCAGCCAGGGUCUUUUGAUGGAGUUCUUUUGGAUCUUGGGUGUUCUUCCAUGCAACUUGAUACUCCUGAAAGAGGUUUUUCCCUUCGGAGGGACGGCCCCUUGGACAUGAGGAUGGAUGGUGGCAGGUACCCUGAUGUGCCCACCGCUGCUGAUGUUGUAAAUGCUUUAGAUCAACAGGCACUUGCAUCCAUCCUAAGGACAUACGGGGAAGAGAAGCAUGCCAAGAAAAUAGCUUCAGCAAUUGUUCAGGCACGUAGCAUCUACCCCAUCACCAGAACCCAGCAGCUUGCCAGCAUCAUCGCAGGUGCCUUUCCUCCCUCUGCUAUUUAUGCACGAAAAGACCUGCUACAGCGAUCUACCCAUAUUGCUACCAAGACUUUCCAAGCCCUUCGCAUAUUUGUGAAUAAUGAGCUCAAUGAACUCAACACAGGACUGAAGACAGCUCAGAAGUUUCUGAGACCUGGUGGUCGUCUUGUUGCCCUCUCCUUCCAUUCACUAGAGGAUCGCAUCAUCAAACGAUUCUUGCUUGGAAUAAGCCUGACGGAAAGGUUUAACCUAAGUGUUAGACAGAAGGUAAUAAGAAAAUCAAAAUUGUGUUCAGGUCGUGAAAACAAGGAAGGAGUCUCUAUAAAUAAAGCUCCUUUAAUGUGGGAAUUGAUACACAAAAAGGUACUUACCCCAGAAAAUAAGGACGUACAGGAUAACCCCAGAGGGCGCUCAGCCAAGCUUAGAGCAGCUAUCAAAUUAUGACAGUAACGGGCAAAGCCUGUGGCUCAAAGGAGUAGGGUGCCAGCCCUAUAUCCCGGAGGUGGCGUGCUCAAGCCCAGCCCUGGCCAAAAACUGCAAAAAAAAAAAAAAUUGUCACAGUUACCACAUCUUAUUCUUUAAGUUUUCUUCACAUUUUCUCUAAUUUUUUUUCCUUGUGAUGUUCUGAAUGGCUUAAUAUUGUUUUAAGUGUGGGACAGUCUGGAAAUUGAUGGCAAUUAGCAGUAUGGUUUUUCUCAAAAAUAAAUUAGGAAAUAUUACCAUUACACAGAAAGUUCAACUCAGGAAGCAGCAGCAAAAUGUGUUUAUCUUUGCAUUAUAUUUAACUUUUUUUUUUAUUGAGACUGAUUCUUAUUCUGUUGUGCUGGCGAGAGUGCAGGGGUGUCAUCAUAGCUCACUGCAACUUCAAAUACCUGAGCUCAAGCAUUCCUCCUGCCUCAGUUUCCCAAGUAGCUGGGACUAUAGGGCACCACCACACUCAGCUAACAUGCCAACAUGCCCCCACGCCUGGCUAAUUUGCUAAUUUUUUUCUAUUUUUAGUAGAGAUGGAGUCUCACUUUUGUUCAGGCUAGUCUUGAACUCCUGAACUCAAGCAAUCCUCCCACCUCAACCUCCCAGAGUGCUGGGAUUACAAAUUUGAGCUGCUGUUCCUGGCCUUUAUAUUUAAGUUUUGAAAUGCAAUCCUUUCUCUGGCCAAGAAAUUAAAAAAUAAAAAAAGAAUACUAUGUUGUAUUUAUCUAAAUAUAUAAACUCAGUAUAUAAAGAGAAAGAUAUUAUAGUCAUAUUUGCGUGCCCUAAUUUCUGAAUUUAGAUAUUAAAAUUUGCAACAGACGUCCUUUGGAUCAAAUAAUUAAUAAUCAUCAUAGAAUGAAUUUUAAUUUCCCCAGUUGUGAAUAAUUAAUUACUAUGCCUUUUUCAAAUCUAGACUUUACACAAAUUUUAAAUUGUUAAAUAUUUGUCUUACAAUGCAUUAUAUUGAAAAAUUUCAUUAUGGAAAUUAUAUGUCAUUUUAAAGGUGUUUUUAAAUGUGAUAUGGGCCAGUUUUUUUAGGUAUUGUAAAAUAAAACUAUAGAAUUCUCAUGGAGCAUUGUUUCACAAAACUUAUAUUUAAUGUCAAUUGUACCUAUUUUUUUUUUUGUUUGUUUGUUUGUUUGAAAUCAUUGAGGGUACAAAGAAUUAGGUUACACUGAUAGCAGUUGUUAGGUAAAGUCCCUCUUAUAAUUGUAUCUCGGCCCCCAAGAGGUGUACCAUACACCGUGACACCCCCCCACCCUUCUUCUUCCUCCCCGCUCCUUGAUCCCUCAUUAGCCCAGAAUGACUCUAGUAAAUAAAAUCUCUGA